UAUCGAAAACUCGAAUUGACAGUUAACCUCAACCAAAGUUCAAAAUAAAUACACAAUUUAUUUUUACAAUGUUCUCCAAGUCUGCGGGCCAGAUAAUAGCGCGAAUGCGCAACCGGAAAUUAUCAGCGAGCCUAAUCCCGAGGUCUGGCCUCCAAGUGCGGGCGCGCUUCUCAUCGACGCAAGCGCCCAACGAGCCCAGACCAACAGGAUCUCUUGAUCACAAGAACUUCUACAAGACCUUCGGCCGCCCCAUCGCCAAGGUCUUCUUGAUGGCCAUUUUCACAUACCAGCUGGCGUACUACUUCUGGGUGCGCCUGGAACAGAACGAAAUCCGAUCCGAGAUGCAGGCCAUCAUAACCGAUCUCGAGACGAGGAUAGAAGCGCUCGAGCAAGCGAAGACGCAGAAGAAGCGAUAAUGAUGAUAUUUUCAAGAUGUUAAUGAUACCAUGAGCCUAUGAGACGCGCCGAGGGACGAUUACGAUAUGAAUUGUUGAGUUCGCGGUUACAAUGCUCGUCAUGAACAGUUGAACGUGGCUAGAAAGCUGCUAUAUGCGGAAACAGCAGCGCCUCGGCUUUGCCUGCCUUGUCUUGCUGCUAGAUUUUACAGAUGACAGGAGGCUCGAUAUGCCCACGAAGCAAGCAAGCUUGUUAGGGCAUAUCUAGAUCAACGGUGCCUAUAUUGGCCAUCGAUGUCAACAUGACCAACUGCGCACUUGUGUUAAGGAGGCGCUGUGCGGGUAUGUCCCGCACAGGCGACAGGCAAGACGAGUGUCCUGUAUCAUGAAAUGACAUCAGUCGCAUUGUAGAGAUCAGCCACCUAGUAAGCUAUAUCCCCAUGAGAACACACAUAAAUCUCAUUAUA